AUGUCUGCUAAACGAACUUAUUCUGCAUCUAAUGUCCCGUUUGAAGAUCCUGACUUUCCUUUUCGGGACUCAGAUGACGAUUUAAUCGAUGAAGUGGAUCAAAUCUUUAUGGAAAAUCCUAUGGAUCUACCCUUGUAUUAUCAAGUGGGUUCCGGAUUUGAGAAUUCUUCCUCGUCAACUCGUGGGCCUGUAUAUAUGGCUGGUUCCGAAGAACGUUCGAUCGAUGAGGCGAUAGUGCUUACUGAAAAGUCUCGUCGACGGAACCAUAAAUAUCAAGCCGAGGAAAUUACUUUCAGAGCCAGUGUGGACAUUGAACGGUUGCCUCUGAAUGUGCAAGGAGUCCCGAUGGUCCGAAUUCCUGACACCGUUCGGGAGUUGUUCGAACAACUCAUUCGCCGUACAGCAGCUGAUUUAAAUCCAUCGAACCUCAUUCGGUUUUGCAUUCAAGCAGAAGGGUUGGACAAACCGAUCAGCACAUCCGUUGAUGACUGUUUCGACUUUGACGGUCGAAAAGAUUUUGGCUGCAGUUAUGAAAGUACUGCCUGCAGUCCAAAGAUAAAAUAGAGCUGGAUACAGGAUUUUCGGUGGACGUGAUCACCAUCAGACGACCUGUAGGUGCUGGAAGAAACAUCAAAAGAGUCUUUAACAUCUCCAUGGACAGACUAAAUAAAAAAUCUGUUUUGUCCAUUCCCUACGACGACGAAGGACUGUGCUGUGCUAAGGCGAUUGUGUAUGCUUUGGCACAUUUGCAUAAAGAUACAACUGCCAUUAAAACC